ACAUCUCCCGCUCCGGUGGGCACAGCGGCGGGGCUGCUGCGCUGGGGGCAGCGAGGCGGAGCGGAGGGAGCUUCCCCAGAGCUACGCUGAGCUCGCUGGCCGUGGCGGAAAGGAGGAAAGCGUAUGAGGAGCAGUGAUAUGAAGAAACCUUCACUGAGGUCUUGUGAAGGAAAACUUGCCUAGAAGGGAAUCUACUUCCAGAACAGAUUGCAACCACUGCCUUCUACCGGAAUAGUUGGGCAAGGUGAUGGCCGUUCCGCUCCGACCCGGAGGCCUCCGCACCGGUGCGGCGCGGCGCCGGCGCAGGUAGCGCGGCUCGAUGGAGGGCAACGGUGCGGCAGGGGAGGAGGAGAGCGGGGCCGGGCCCGGCGCCCCGCCGCCGCCGCCGCCGCCCACCCCCGCCGCACCCUGCGGUUUCAGCUCCUCCCUCUGCUUCAGCGACACGGCAGCCGAGACGCAGCCACCCGCCGCCGGCGGUCGGAUGGUGGUGGAGAGCCAGUGGGAAAUCAAUAACGCCGCCGGCCAGCCGGCGGAGGAGAACGAGGAGGCGGUGGGGACGCGGGAGCGCCCAUCUGAGGAGCCCGACCGCCCGUCUGAGGAGCCCGACCUGGUGAUCGAGGUGUCGGGGCGUCGCAUCCGGGCGCACAAGUCGGUGCUGGCCGCCAAGAGCGACUACUUUCGUGCCCGUGCCUCACGGGACGUGCUGCGGGUGAAAGGGGUGAGCUACGGGGCGCUGCGGCUCCUCAUCGACUACGUGUACACGGCCCGCAUGGGCGAGGUGCGGCACGACAACCUGGCCGAGGUGGUGAGCGGCGCCCGCGUCCUUCAGAUGCCGUGUGCCCUGCACUGUGCUGCUGAGGCCAUGCGCGCCCAGCUCCGCCUCGACAACUGCUACCAGCUCCUCUGCCUGGCCAAGAAGCAGCGGCUGGCGGAGCUGCGGGAGGCUGCCUACCGCUUCAUGAGCGACCACUACCUGGAGGUGCUGCGAGAGCCCAGCGUCUAUGGCCGCCUCAGUGGCAGCGAGCGGGACCUCAUCCUGCAGCGGCGCAUGGAGGCCGGCCGGCCCUGCUUGCUGGUGGCUGAGGUCAGCGACGCCUUUGAGCGGCCAGGUGGCGGUAGCCGGCCGCAGAGCCGUGAGAGUAGCAGGCCCCAGAGCCCCUCCUCCGUGGUGUCGCUGGAGGAGAGUGGCUCCCUCAUCCACUGCUACCAGGAGGCCAGCGGUGAGUGGAGGGUGCUGACGCGCCUGCCCGAGGAGGCCAAUGCCAAGGGCUGUGCCAUGUGUGUCCUCCACAACUACCUCUUCCUAGCAGGGGGCAUUGCGACAGGGCCAGCAGGCAGUGAGUCUCGGGCCCGCCUGUCUGACAAGGUCUUCUGCUACAACCCACUUACCGACACCUGGAGCCAGGUGCGGCCGCUGGCUCAGCCUCGCUCGCAACUCAAGCUGCUGGCCCUGGACGGUUACCUCUAUGCUGUGGGGGGUGAGUGCCUCUUUACUGUGGAGAGGUAUGAUCCCCGGGCUGACCGCUGGAGCCCUGUGGCACCCCUGCCCAAGGGUGCCUUUGCUGUGGCUCACGAGGCCACUACCUGCAAUGGGGAGAUCUAUGUGUCGGGUGGCUCCCUCUUCUACCGCCUGCUCAAGUACGACCCCAAGCGUGACGAGUGGCAGGAGUGCCCUUACAACAGCAGCCGCCGGCGCUCUGCGGACAUGGUGGCCUUCAAGAGUUUCAUCUACCGCUUCGAUGUGAGCAGCGGCCGUGGUGGGGAGCAGGGCCUGGGCGGUGGGACCAGUGGCAGCGUCGAAGUUUUCCGGUACAACACGGUGGCCAAGUGCUGGAGCCAGUGUGCCAGCCUGCGGCCCAGCAGUGGCCCCAUUCAGCCCUUCCGUUGUGCUCCCUUGGGCAACACCAUCUACUGUGUCAACCGGACCGGCACUCUCCGCUUCAGCCUAGCCCAGGAUGGUGAAGUGGAAGCAGAUGGCGGGCUCAAGGGCACUUUCGAUGGGGACCUUCUUAAAGCUCCCUUGGAUGCCAAGGGUGUCCUCUUGCCCUUCGUGCUUACCCUGCCUGAGAGGCUGGACAAAGCAGGGGACCAGGAGGGCUCCCUCCCACUGUGAGGUAGCCAGCUUGGCUCUGGCUUCUGAAGCGAUGAUUUGAGUUGCAGAUGUGGGGAACCCACAAACUUCCCCCCUACAGAGGGGACCCUCUCUUGCAUGUCCACAGAGAGAAGGGGCUGCCUCUUUCCCUCUCUCUGCUCCCAAGAUGUUGGGAGCAACAUCUCUCUCUGCUCCCAAGAUGUUGAGGUAGAGCCACUCGAUUGUAACUCAUUUGUAACCCUUCUUAUGUUCACUGUGCUUUGUGUGAAAAGCCAAGCACACGAAAGGAAAAGCUGCUAUAAAGGACAAUCUCUGGAUUAUGUUUGUGCCAAUUCCCAAAUUGAGAAAAACUUUUUACACCACGACUUCAAAAAGAUUCCUGACGACAGUGUCGUAAUGGGACGUUACUGUUAGCGCUGGUUUUGUGUUUAUGUGUAGUUGUAAUCUGAGCUGGAGCAUUUUCUGCUGUUUGUUUUGUUUCUCUUCAGGAUGAUACCGAGGGAUAAACACUGCAGGCAAUGUAGCUUAGCUGCAUUUGGUUUUACGUUAAACCAACUGUUUGCCGUGCUAGAAAAGUAUAGGAAGGACAUCUUCACCACAGCCUUCCAUUUCUGGUGCAAUAGAUGGUUUAAGGAAGAUGUGGCACUGUGUGGUCCCAGGAAUUUCAGCCACAAAUGAUUUAACAGAUACCAGACUGCAGAACUUGAAGUAACACAAAUGUGUGCCACGUGUUUGUAUUUGGAAUAAUGAUAAUUACUAAAAAAAAAAAAGAAUGCGGCAAGAUACCUUUUUAAAAUGUGGCGUAUUAUAGCAGAUAGGAAAUGUUGAUAUGUUCUUUUUUUGAAAAAGGCAAUGGCUUAUGUAUAAAACAACACCAUUUUAUUACUUUUUUAUCAGAGAUUUUAAAUUAUAACAGAAUGAACUGAAACGGUUCAGACUGCAAUCGAUUGACAUUACCAUGUAUGCCGCUAGAGCUGGGGGAAAUAUUUUGCAAUUCUGCUCUUUAACUAACUGCAGGUCAAGGAAGAUUAACCUAAACCAAAUGUAAAUUUUCUGAAACUGACUGCAAACAGCUUAAAUGUUUCACUGUAUGUUCAGUAAUCCUGUGGCAAAAGGCUUUUCCAACUUAGUGCAAGACCAUCAAAAGGGUGUGACAAAGUGGAAUGCGCUACACACGUUGAUUAUGUUGUACACUAGCGUGAUGUUAUUUCUCUGUGUUUUGGCUGAGGGGCUGCUUUAUUUAUUUUGGUCUAAUGAUUGCUGUAAUUGGUAAGUCCUUGUUACUUGCAGUACAUGCUGAUGGUGUAUGCUGUCACUGGGAUUCUGAACUGCCCAAGAGCGCUGUUUGUGGAGCAGCAUCCUCACAAGAAAAAACCAUACAAAGCUUCUUCCUGCCUGUGGAAAGUUGAAGCAUACUUUUUGUCACGUUACUCAGAACCGUCUACACAGACAAACUGUAUUGAAAAGGGCACAUGCAUUUAUUUUAUACAUUUUAUAUAAAAAAAAUAAAUAGGCAAGGCAAAUGCUUUAGCUUUAUGGUAAAUCACUGAGAAACCUUUUCGGAAAAAAAAAAGAAGAACCAUUGUUUUUGCUAUUGGUAAUUCUGCCUGGAAAUAGCAUGGACUGGGGAAGGGAAUUGUUUAUACUCAAAGCUUUAGUAUAGAUUCAUAUUUUAGAGAGACAUAGACCUUACAUCAAAGAAAGCAGAUCUUUUAUGUUUUAUUAAGAUGCUUCUGUUAAACAGAACAUUAGCAUUCUUAUACGCUAUUGCUAGUUCCAAAGGAAGGCAGCAGGCUCUGUCCUAAGAGACACCAUCUUCACAAGAGAAUAGUGACGUUUAUAGAUAGUUCUUUCCUUCACUUUCAUGUUGAUGUUUUUUGUUUUGUGGGGUUUUUUUGUCCUUUUCUUCAUCUGUCUUGCACCAGGUUUAAAUGCAGCUGAUUUGAUUAGUCAUCAUGUAGAAAACAGUGGUCCAGUCCUAAAAGUUCCUAGCCAAGCAAAGUUGCUCCCUAGUGAGCUAAUUAAAACAUCAGCUGGGUAGGAGCUGUAGGGCUGCCGAGUGUGCUGCUUACCUUAGCCUUAGUACAGGUUGAUGCAGUGGAGUUUAAUACCACAGAUAGCAUAUUCUUUAGCAAUUCACAAAGAAAUUGGUUAUUUUUUUUUCUCUGAAUGAUGGACUUAAUUCGCGGACAAGAAUCCUCAGAAAUGUUGACUCUAAAUUAAAUUGCAGCAUUGUAGCUUGAGAAGGAAAGAAGAACUAUGUGUUUGCCUUCAGCAUCAUUUUUUAUGUUAACUGCAGAAAGUUCUUCACGUUGUGUAGUAAAACACUUAGGUCCAUACUUAAACUAAAGGCUAGGCCAGAGUUUGAAUUAGUAGAGUCACCAGGAACACACAAGAAAAUGUCUAUUUUAACUUACAGUUUACAAUACAAUUUCAUAGUUCAAGCUAUUAGUUCUUACGCUGCAGUGUAGUGAGGAAUUAAGCCAGCUUUUGCAUUCCUAUUAAGCAUUAAUUAAGCAUUUUCAUUCCUGCUAAUGCAUGAAAAUGCUUCUAAAUGAGUUUUGGGAAAUCUCCAUGAUUUAAGCUGUGAAAACAUUCUUUUGAGAAACAAUAACACACACCCUUUCGUCCAGCGUUUCUUGCUGCACACCACGGAGAAAUUACAUUAGAAGGUAAUCUUUCCAGUAAUAAGCAUUCUACAAACCUGCAGUGGUUUGUAUUUUUGCUGUCUCCUAUUGUUAGAAAAGAUUGAAUCCAAAUGCUUACCCGCUUUUGCUGUUCAUGCAGUGUAAAUGAGGGCUGAGCCUGGUCUUCAUUAGUAGCUGUCGGUCAAACCUGUUUCCUCUGUGGACUCUUUGCAUAAUCCCAGCCUGAUGAUUGACAACAGAGGCAUGUUUCUAGCCCUGUUUCCUACUCUGUGGCCUCUGUUUCCUCCCUGGUAAGCCUGAGGCAGGUUUGCUGAGAGUUGUUUUUCCCCCACAGUUAUAUCUUAAGUGCAUCCAAAAAAAAACCACCAACCAAACUUGGGUACUAUAAAACAGAAUAUAAGUAAAUUUUGGGCAUUGAAAGAUGAAAAUUGUCAUCUCAAAACUUUCCAGUUUAGCUUAAACUGAAGUUUAACUCGAGCAGCUGCUGUCUCUUGGACGUGGCAGUGCUGAGCAGUUCUCCCCUAACCUAUUUGGAGCUGCUCCCCCUAUGCAGUUAUGUACCUACCCGACUGCUGCCCCAACUCCUUUGAAACCCUGUGGUGCCAUACCCAGAAGCCACGGGUGUAACAUGGUUUUAUGAUACAAAUUAAGGGACUAGGCCACCUUCUAAUUGUGUUUGUGAAUAUCUUGUUUUUAAAACUGAGCGAUCUUAUCUAAUAGCCUGAAGGUGACUGUGUUUGCAUAGCGACAUGGAAACCUGUGUUCACUUUCUUAGCCUGCAAGGAUUCCACCUGCAUCUCCCACCACCUGUUUGAUUGGCAAUGGAUUGAAGAACCUCUUGGAGCUAAUCCCUGAAUCUCUGUUGUAUUAUACAUGAAUUGACUAAAAAGCUUAGAAAUUAUCCAAGUGGGUGAAUUUGAACCCUAAUGCUCACUGAGUAAUCUGAGACUACCUGGAGAGACAUAGUCCUAUCUGCUGUCUUUCUUCUCGGUGAAUCUCACAGUCCCCUUCUCCCGCUUUGAAUAGGAUGUUCAGAAGAUACUUUUCCCACUUCCUUCUCCCUAGAGUACUCCUGCUUCCAAGAUCAUCUGCUAGAGGAUGUAGGCUUGAAUGUCCUUAGGCUGAGUAAAGACUGAACUCAGGCCCCCCACUUCGUAUAUGUGUGUUCUUGAAUCUAGAUGACUAUUUAGAAGAGUAGUGGAACCACCUCCUACAGCUCUUUUUCGGGGAUAAACCUCAUGCAAAUCCCCUGAAAUCACACAUAGGCUCCUGCAUAUUGCGUUCUGGGUAGAUUCCAGGCUCCAGCUCCUGGAUGGGUAAUUCAGGACACAUUUAGUACAUGUUGGUGCAAUGGGAUGAGUUUUCUUCUAUGGAAAGCUUUUUCCAGACAGGCUGUGUUUUGGGUUGCCAGUCUGAGGUGAGGAGGUCCUUACACUGUACUGGGAGGCCCUGCAGGUAAUUUAAGGUUCUUCCCAGGGGUGAUGCCUUGGGAAAGAGGCACUACAGUGCCUAAUGUGGGAAUGCCUAAGCCUUCAUUGCAUCUAAACCUAAGUCCCUGCAAACGCUAAAAACAGAUGGAACUUUUCUACUUCCAUCUAACUGAUUCCAUAAAAGGAAAUCUUAAUUGCAGCAAAGGCAUAUGUACAAAUUCUGUUUACACUUGGAAACCAAGUCAAAGGAAUAAUUGGCAAAAGAGUAAGCCUAUUUGAUCAAAACAGGCACUGUUAAGCAACAUGGGAAGGAUGCUAAUCAUACCCUACUUAUGAAUAAAAUUGUGAAGUAGCUGAUGUAAAUUCUGUCCACAGAAAAGAAAAAAUUCUUUGUAAAAAAAAUACCUGGUAAAAACUCAAGUGAUAAAAGAAUAAAUUAUUCACAUGAAAGCUGUAACUCUCCUGUGCUGUUUGAUUGGCGCUCAGUGUUGUGUCCUGCUGAUGGCUAUUCAUCAGUGGCCCUAUUGCUUUUCCUGCUUUAUGGUCUCCAUUCCACUGAGUGCCCCAUGGCUGUGUUGCCUUUCAUUAACACAGAGCUCAAACUGGACCUGGGAUGACGGGCUUUCUGUCUGGGCUGACGUGAAGUGCUUUCAGCUUGAAUGAACUCAGAAAGUUUAGACAGAAUUAUAUCUUUGAGGUUUUUUGGGAUUUUUUUUUUGCAGUGGCAUUGCUCCUGGGAACUCAAGAAAGCAGGAGAAGGGGCAAUGGUGGUACCACUGAACAGUUGUAGUAAGAAGCAUUUAAUUCAUUUCCUUUUUUGUCUGCCAUUAUUCUGCACACCAGAUUUGCACUGGAUUUAACGGAACAUCUCUGUGUAGCUGUUACUACUGUGAGUCUGAGUACUAUUGUAACAAAGUAUGUUUUUAUUUAAGUGUAUUUGCUUCCUGACAGAAUCACAGAAUGGUAGAGGUUGGAAGGGACCUUUAGAGGUCACCUAGUCCACCCCUCCUUGCUAAAGCAGGUUCACCUAGAUCAGGUUGCACAGGAACACGUCCAGCUCUUGCUCUUAGAUAAUUUAAUGCAAGUUUCUACUAGUUCCACACAUUUAGUAGACUACUAGAACUAUUGACACACAAGCUCAGUAAAACUGUGCGCUCAGAAUAUAUAAUCAUACCCUUUUCAUUUGCUUUGGCCUGCUAAAUGUGGAGAGCUGCUGGAGUGGACCCGUUGAGAAUCACUAGGCUAUUUUGGAGAGUCUCUAACUUCCAUACAUUACUGAAUGGGAAGAAACAGGAGUGUGGGGUGGAAGGAUAGGAGAGAAAAGGACUCAAAAAUACCCGCUAUAUAUCCAGUAGAAACAAACAGAGGGGAAGGGAAACCAGAGUUGGUACUUGAGACGGUGAUGGCUACAGGGCCCAUCUUCAAAUAUUUUUUAAACAGCCUGAGCUUUUACCCGUUAUGUUGUUAAUCUUAUCUUGCACCUGCAAUACAUCUCAAACAAUCACAGAGUUUAAUAGGCUACUUAUUGCAGGAGUCUUGUGCUUUGCUUUUUAGUCUUAAUGGAUAAACCUUGGAGUAAUUUGUGAAAUUAUGAAGUAAAGUCGACGCUGCCGCUUAGAACAGAUUAACUAAUGCCAAUGCCUUAGACACUGUUCACACUUCAGAUGACUUAUAUGUGUAACUGAUGUAUUAACAGUUUCAUUUUUGAAGUAUAUAUAGGCAAAGCUUUUUAUGUACUCCAACAUAUGCUGUAAUGAAAUAAAUACAUACAAAAAGCUUAUGCUGCCCUUUAGGGAUUUCUGGGUAAUUGGUGCUUUUUCUGUGUCAUCCAUCCAGUCAGUAAACAAUGUUACAUUUGUUAAUGUAAACAAAGGCAAAAUUAUAUGGACUAUCACAAAGGUAAAAUGGUUAGGAAAUGUUUCUAAGGCUAAGCAAAAAGGAAUAUUUUCCUUUCACACUGCCCAAGGUAUUUGGAACAUUCAGUGUUCUGCACUGAACACACUUUUCCUAAGUGCAGUUUAGCAUAAGGUCUAGUUCAGUUUGUUUUGAUUUUCUUUUUUCCUGGUCAGUGUGUUAAAGUCCAUUAUUUAUUUAUAAAAGUUACAUGUUGGUCUUUUCAGGAUACUCCCCUUUCUUACAUCACACAUGCCAGGUUUUUUGGCUGGAGUAGAUUUAUAGCAGUGAAAGUAAAAGUAGAGUCAAGCACAAGUUGAAUUUCGUACUUUGUCUCCUUAUUUUGUCAUCAGAUAAUUUGCUUGAAAUGAAGUUAUAUAACCUAAUUGAAAGCUCGUAAGAGCCAUAGAGAGAUGCAUUGGGGUUGGAUUCUGACAUUUCCAUUGUUUCCUUAGUGACCCUGACAUGCAACCUCUGCCUAUUUCAGCUUUCUUACGCUUCCUUCAGAAAAUUUAGAAAUUCUUCUGCAGGUUAAACCACUGUAAAUCUGGAAUGACUCAACCAAACCUCUUAGAUUGCCAUCAAACUUGUUCCAUUCAGCCCCAGAAUUCUGAGUCUGUUGCGAUUAACUAGGGACCUUCAGUAGGAAAGAGAAAGAAAAGCUCUGGUGGAGUAUAACUCGGGCGAUUGCUAACUUAAAUGUGUUAACUUCACUAAAACAUGAAUUCCUGAACUGUCAUUAUUCUCUGUGCUGUGAAGUAGAUGUGAGGACACUUAGUGCCAAUUAAAUUUUAUCUCAAGUAUAUAGUCAUGCUUGGCUCAUUGAAGGUUUUACACCUACAUCUCUCAGAGUGCAUGUGCCCAGGUGCAGCCACAGUCUGGUGAAUGCUGUGGCUUGGUCCAAUCACUCGCACCAUGUCACACGAUAAAUUAUGUGGUUCUGAAACACUAAAGCCACCAGUGGUAGCACAAAGGAUUUGAGUUUCAAAGUCCUCUUGAUUUAGGCAUGGAGGAUCCUCUGUUACCCUCUGUUUCCAGAUGCAGUGCAUGUUUUUAGCAUCACUUGUAUCCAUGUAUUGGACUUCAAAAAUCACAAAAGAUUUAAUAUGAAAGCAUCCUGAGGAAGGUGAUAUUGACUUGUAUUCCCCUGGAGGCAGAGAAGUCUUCUUAGAAAGACAAAUCUGCUUUGGUCCAUGGACUGUGCCUGCGGGGAAGUCACGUAUACCUGGGAACUCCCAUGUCAAGCCGAGUAAUUAUAAAGUGUACCAAACAGCUAUGUCGUUGAAGAGGAGUUUGCAGCCUGUACACAGAUGUACCUAUUGUGGGGGAGAAUAAAGCAGCUUAAAUUAGUAACUGUUAAUACUGGGACUGUGCCUAGAAAUAAACUUCAUUCCUAUUUCAGGAUUGUGUUUUCUCGGUACCUGUGAAGAGAAAAGGAAGAAUUCACAGUCCAAAUAAAACUGUGUGGCUAAAAGUAGAUCAGGGGAGCACUAGGCAUUUAUUACUUGGCUGUGGCAGUACUUGCAGGCUUCUUUUUGAAAUGUGCAUGAAGAGCACCUGCAUCUGAAAUCGCAGUGGGAGCGGCUGUGGAUGAGGGAGCAUGGCCUGGCACAGCAGCAGCACCUGGGUGGCACUUGCUCCAGCGGCAAGCAGGCCAGUGAGGAGCUGAUUCAGUCUCCUCUGAACCACAGCUCUCACGCUGCCAGGUCCUUGGGAAGGAGAGAGGAAGGGGGUGUACCUGGCAGGCUUGGGCCAUGCCCCUCAUUGCUGUGCUCCCUUAGUGUACUGGCAGCAGCAGUGCUCAACGAAUUCCCCAGUGAGCAGCUGACACAUGCAGAGUUUAGAAGGUGAAGUCUUUUUCUCUCCUCCCUUCUAAUUUUUUCUUCUUUUUUUUUUCAUUUUCCUUCUAGUUUUAUUUUUUCUCUAUUUUUCUCCUUUUUUUCCUCAUGUCAUCCUCUUUUUCCUCCUCCCUCAUUCUCUUCUCUUUUUUUCAUUCUUUUUCUUUGCAGGUUGUGUGUAUUUCUCUGCUUGAACAUUCCAAUGGGUUAUACAAGGGAUCUGUGAAUUUGGAAAAAAUACCUAUUGGAAACCAAUGAAAUGUCUUCUUUUUUUCAGGAGGCAGACUUUCCCUCCCUAGCCUGCUAAUUUUUUCCCCUUAAUUAAGCUCUAAGUUUCUGGAUGAAGUGAAGAAGACUUAAUCCAUCUGCUUCUUGGCAGAAUGGCUCAACAAACUCCAAACUACUUUCUUCCUAAAGAAAUAAAGUUACAAGCAAUUGAAUUAGUCAUAAUGCAGAUGUAAGGCAAGAGCUCUGCACCUUUUUUUCAGCAUACUUUCAGUGACUGCGGGCUGUGCCUACAAGAAAGAGUAACAGCAGCACUGAAGUAUUGACUAGGUGGGAAGUCUUUGAAAAAUGAAGUAAGAGCACAAAUGGUUGCAGAAUUAAGUUAAUUCCUACACGUUUAGAAAGCAUCAUCUCAGUGGUCAGGGCCUGAAUUACUGACAGCUUGUUAGUGCGUUACAGAUGAAGGGUUGGGUUUUGCUUUUUUUUACCCCCUUCUGGUGCUUUGCAGUUCUUUCCACAUGUGAAAAAUCGUUGCAGAGUUUGUGAGCAGGAAAUUUGCAACCAUUUCUGCACAUUCUUCAUGGGUAAAUGAAGUUGUCGUCUACAAUGAUGGAUUAUAUGUCUCUCCCACAGUUUUCUAAUUAAGAAAAUGCUGAAUCUUGAUUAGAAUCAGAGAAAUACAAGCUGAGAUUAAUAAUAAAUAGAGGGAAUGCAAAUAAGACAAUAUUUUUUUGUAAUCUUUCCCAGACACUUUUAGAUCAUAAUGAAGUCCUAGGCAGGCAGUGAGACAUUUUUAAAAUAUGAUUUAAACCAUCAGGAAAACUCAUAAGUGGGCAGGUCCGCGAGAGAUCUCCUAGACCAAGAGCAGGGCUGUGGGGGAGCUCCCAUCAGCUGAGUAAGAGAAGCUGAACCUCUUUCCUUUGUGUCUUUACUCAAGUUCUGUGCUCCUAUGUAUCUUUUGAAAGCAAAUACUGACUCUGACUGUGUGAUAUGAUGACAUACCUUGGAGGUGCAGUUCUCUAUCACUCUAUCCUAAAACAAUGUGGCAAAACACUAAUAGAAAAGUAAACCAAAAGAAACCCCUUAAUUCAUCAGCAACUUCAUAUCUCCUUGUUAAGCACUACUUCAAUUAAUCAAAUCCCUUUUUUCUAUAGUAGCUAGCAACAGGACAAGGGGUAAUGGGUUGAAGCUGGAACACAAAAAGUUCCACUUAGACAUAAGAAAAAACUAUUUCACUGUGAGGGUGAGGGAGCCCUGGCACAGGCUGCCCAGAGGGGUUGUGGAGUCUCCUUCCUUGGAGGUCUUCAAGACCCACCUGGACAUGUUCCUAUGUGACCUGAUCUAGGUGACCGUGCUUCUGCAGCGGGAUUGGACUAGAUGAUCUCUAAAGGUCCCUUCUAACCUUACCAUUCUAUGAUUCUAUGAUUCUAUGAAAUGUUACUCAAAUGCAGAUUCUGGCCAUGUCCAACAGCCGAGUUUGCCUUUGACAAGGUUGGAGUAUACAGGUAUGAUGAUAGUACAUGGGAACAUUUGUAACAUUACUUUGAAAAGCGUAUCCUUAUACCAGCAUACGUUGUCUCUUACACAACUGAUUAAUGCACUAACGGCAAGGAGCACAGCCUGCCAUUUGACUCCACGGACUUGCUGUCAUUACUACAUUAGACUUUUCAAGUGGGUUGUUGGUGUAUAGUGGUCUAUCAGUGUAUGUAUCACUAUAUAUGCCUGUAACAUCCUUUUAUCCCAAUCUGGAAAGCAGCAUUGUGCCACCAGCUGAGAAGAGGAAGGAGCAGAAGCUGCUCACCUGAUAUUCCCUGUUGUAAGCAAUGACUGGAAGGACAUGGGGUGCAGAAUUUGUUCUGGCUGCCACUGCUUUCCUGACCAGACUGCCUGGCUCAGUGCCCACAGAAAGGAGUGAGGCAGAAGUGAAACUCUGCAUUCUCUCCCCCAAGAGCAAGAGGCGCAGGGGCUCAGUUGUUACUCAUUCGUAGGUCUCUGGGGAAAGCAUAGUUCCAGGCUUCCUCUUACUCAAAUUACAAGGUUGCCCUUCAUUCCUGAGAGCCAGGAAAACAGCUCAGCUUAUAUGUGGUAAAAGAGAACUUGUAAAAUAAGUUAUUUUUGAAAGGGCAGUGAAAAAAAAUCAGUAUUUGCAUUGGCUAGUUGUGAUGUUGCUACUGUAUUUGAAACAUCUGGAAUGCACUGUGGGUUUCCUCAUGAGUCCUAGAGCUUCCUCUUGUGUAGUUUAAGUGUGAAGGGAUCCAGGCAGUAGGUUUACUUUUUUUUUAACUUGCCCUGCUCUCUGAGGGCACUAAAAAGGCAAAUGAGCCCAGACAGUUGUGUGACUGCAGAAGUUCAUCCCUCAAAGAGCUACGCAGAAUCUCCCUACAUUGCUGUGCCAUGGCUGAUGGUAGCAGUGGGGGAAGAGAGUGUGGGCAGUGAAAGGAGGCUUGAGUGAAGCAUUCUCAGCAAGAAGAAAGGACCUAGUUUUAUUUCUGGUUCUGCCAUAAACUUCCAUUUAUUACUAGGGAAAAGCUGGUUAAGUUUCAGUUUUCUCCAAAGAGGAAAGUGUGGAUAAGGAGAGAGAGAAAGAGGAUUUAUCCCAUCAGGUACUGGAAAUGUAUUCUUUCAUUUUGCAUCAGUAAAGCACUUUGAGAUCUUUGGCUAAUAUUGCGGAGUGCAUUUGCUGUUUCUUUUUUUUUACUGUGGUCCAUGUGAACAGAAUAUUUUCUUCAUGUGGAGCUGAACAGAAUAAAAAAG